AUGAUUGACGAAACCCUGACCCAGAUGACCCCGGGGAAGGCAGUCGCUUGUGUCAUUGGGACUCUCUUUAUCGCGGGUCUGCUUCGCAGAAUUCAGGUCUCCCUUGAGAUCUCUCGCCUUGGCUGCAGGGCCCCUCGUGUGCGGCUCAUGUUGCCUUACGCUAUUGAUCACAUCUACAGAGCCUUGGCUGCUAGUAAAAGAUUUCAAGACCUGUCAUUCUGGAGUAACACCGUCAAAAAUGCCAAGGGAGCAUCAGAGAUGGCAUUUCCCCAGACUGCUGAGAUCGACUCGGGCAUUUCCAACCGGAUCAUCUUCACAACCGACCCUGAAAAUAUUAAAGCCCUGCUCACCGGUCAGUUCGCCGACUAUGGUAAGGGGGAGCACUUCCAUCGUGAUUGGAAGGAGUUCUUAGGAGACAGUAUUUUCGCGACCGAUGGUGAGCUGUGGUCUCGCUCGAGACAUCUCAUUCGACCCAUGUUUGUGCGCGAUCGCAUCGUGGACACCGAACUCUUUGAGAAACAUGUUCAAAAGUUGAUCCCUCUUCUGGCGGGAGGGCCCUCUGCCAGUGAGAGCAAGGUCGUCGAUGUCACCCCGCUGUUCUUCAGGUACACGCUGGACGCUGCGACAGAUUACCUUCUGGGUCAAGGCACAAACAGCCUUCAUAACCCCACCGCUAUUUUCGCCGAAGCUUUUCGCUACGUGCAGCGCUGCCAGGCUGAUAUCUUCCGAACGGGCCCUUUCAACUUCCUCAUCCCCCGCAAGGAAUUCCGCAAGAACCUUCGCAUCAUGGACGAGUUCAUGCAACCCUACAUCGAGCGAGUUCUGUCCCUUUCUCCCGAAGAACUCGACCAAAAGCUCUCCAGCAAGGACACAUUUCUGGACGCGCUCGCCCGCUUUACGCGCGAUCCAAAGGUCCUCCGCGACCAACUAGUAGCCAUCCUCCUCGCGGGCCGCGACACCACAGCGGCGACGCUAUCCUUCUGCCUCUUCGAGCUCGCCCGCCACCCAGACGCGGUCGCCAGUCUGCACGCCGAGAUCGACGCGCGCCUCGGCCUGGGCUCCACGGGCCGUAAACCCACCUACGUCGACCUCAAGGAGAUGAAGUACCUCAACGCCGUGCUCAAUGAGACCAUGCGCCUGUACCCGGUGGUGCCCUUCAACGUCCGCUCGUCUCUAAAGAACACCUCGCUGCCGCGCGGCGGCGGACCGGACGGCCUCUCUCCCGUCGGCAUCCGCGCCAACACCCGCGUGAUUUACUCCACCAUCCUCAUGCAGCGCGCCCCGGAGAACUACCCGCCUCCCGGAAGCAAAGGGUACUUCGACCCCGCGCGGUGGGUCCCCGAGCGGUGGCUGUCGGGCUGGCAGCCCAAGCCCUGGCACUUCAUCCCCUUCAACGGCGGCCCGCGGAUCUGUCUCGGCCAGCAGUUCGCGACCAUCGAGAUGGGGUACACGGUCGUGCGCAUCCUGCAGGCCUACCGCGCCAUUCAGGCCCUCCCCGCUCACGGCAUGGACAAGGUCGUGGAUCCGCCGCUGAAGUUCGAGGUGACGCUGACGCCGGCGGCGGAGCUGAACUGCGUGUUUGAGCGCCAUGCUGAUGACGCUGUUGCCAGCAAAGAGGCAUAG